AUGCCGCAAGCCGCCACCCAAGAGGGAGAGGCGUCGGGGUCCGGACCAACCCUCGCGCUCCGCCGCGGCCGGAGCUCCACCGUCUCAGCAACACCCACGACGACCACCCGGUCGAUGGCCCUGGUGCGUGCGCGGCGGAAGCCCCCGGGCUCCCAAUCGCCACAGGAACCACCCGUGCGGUCCCCGACAAGUAAGAGAAAGAGGGGGGCGGCUGCCAACCAGAAAUCGAAGGAACGGACAAGGACCAGGGAUGAGGAGGAGGAGGAGGAGGAAGAGGAUGGGGUCUCAUCUGCAGGCAGCUCCCCAAUUCGCGCGCCGCAGAUUCCGGAUGCGUUAUAUGAAGAUCUGGAUAUGCUUAAGGCCAUUCAAGAUAUACACGAUGCAUACGAUGAAAAAUUAGGUCGCCAAAUGGAACUGCCGACUCUUUAUCUGCACACGUGUAAACCGCCCACAUGCUUGAGUACUAAUCCUAAGCUUCUUCGUGUCCGCGAAUCCACAACAAAGACAGUGCUUGCUGCUGCUCCAUCACCAUCAGUUAUUGGACUUUCAUCUUCUGUUGGUCGUCAUUCGCUAACACGAUGCUCUGGAUUUUGGGUUGAUUGGGAUGAGGAGAACAAAAAAGGUACUGUUUUGACUACUGCACAUCUGAUUCGCACGAAGUCCCCAUCCUCAAAUGACUGGCUAGGUAAAGAUGAGUAUGCUCCCAAGGCCAAGGUUUUUGUUCACUUUCGGGAUGCCACUACUGAGAAGGCCACCAUGCUGUACUACGAGAAGCACUACAAUCUUGCUAUGUUUGAGGUUAGAGUAGAUGAACCUGUCCAGUUGCUCUCCUUCAAUGAUGACGUGAAAAGUGCUGAAGAAGUGUUUGAACUCGGAAGAGAUGAAAGUUCAUUUCUAACGAUAGGUCAUGGUAUGGUGCAAUAUCUGAAUCCCAACCUGCUUGAACGGCAUCACUAUCUGUAUGUUCAUGGCACAGAUGAGCAUCCUAAGUAUGACAAUGGAGGGCCAGUUAUUGACUUUGAUGGCAAGAUUGUGGGAAUGCUAUACAUGUAUGUGUCGCUUUUGCAUGCAUGCAUGAGCAUACAUUGUGGAUUGCGCAAAAGAGGUACCGAGAACAAGCAAAUACUGCGCAUGUCUCGACCCCACCUUGGAUUGAAGUUUUCUGCAAUGAAGCUUUUAGAUCCUCCUCUUAUCGAGCAAAUAUUGGUCAAGUGUAGCAUUGAUAGUGGUCUUAUUGUUCAAGAGGUGUCAGAAGGAUCUCCCGCUGAGAAACUUGGAUUUCGAGUGGGUGAUGUCAUUGAAUGCUUAAAUGGAAAACACGUCUCUACCACCGUUGAGCUAGAGAACAUGUUGCUGAGUAAGUAUGUGGAAGGAUCAAGUGGCCUUAAUUCUGAGGUGGAUAUUGAGGUUUGGGUAUUUCAUAUGCGCAGAAGUCUUUGGAGAAGUAAAACAUUAACUGUAAAAAUAUCUGAUGACGCAGAAGUCAUUGUGAGAGGAGCAUCAUAUGAGGACUGCAUAAUUGGCAUUGUAAGUGGAACUGCAUAA